AUGGGUUCCUCACCAAACGAAAGAUUGCAGAGGAGCUUGGAUAUGAAGAACAUUCUAUUAGGUAUUACUACUUACUACCUGGUCAAAGAAUGCAAGAUGGCUUGCUUUACAUAUUCUCUGAAGAGGAUGCAAUGGAGUUGGCAAACAGCGUUUCUUGAUGGUAAUGCCCAAGAAGAAGCUCAUGUUGACCAUGAUAAAGACAGCUAUGAUGGUGAAGAUAAAAAUCCCAAGUGUGAAGCUGAUGGGGCGAUUAGCAGAGAUGAAACUACUACUGCUAAUAAUGAAGGUGAAACUAAUGGUACACCUAUUAAUUGUGCUAGAGGCAAACACGCUAGUGUAGCAAGGAAGACGAGAAGGAAUAGUAAAAAAAUUUGUCAUAGCAAAAAAAUCAGUAAAAGAAAGUCAGACCAUUUAGUGGAAGAUGAUGAAUCAAGUGGAGAGGAGAAGUUCCACGAUAGUGAUUAUGAUUUUAGUGAUGAAGAUGAAUUUUACAGGACUUUUAGUAAAAGGGAAAAUGAUUGGGUUAAAAUUGCUGAUCAAUUUAGGGUGAAUAAAAGCAACCUUGAAGCUGGACACGAAAAAUAUAAUGGUAUAGAAGAAACUUCUUUUGAUAGUGUUGAGGAGACAGAUUCUUCAACAGACAAGGAAUUCGAUAGCAACUCAAGUUCAAGUGAUAACGAAGGGGGAAUUUGUUCUAAAUCAAGAAAAUAUGAGAGGUUUAAUCCUAAAACUGACAUGGAUGACCCAAAGUUCAAAUUGAAACUUGUUUUUACUGAUAAACAGCUGUUCAAAAAAGCAUGCAGAGCACAUGGAGUCAAGUGGGGUAGAAAAAUCAGAUUCAAAAAAGAUGAUUUGAUACGGGUGAGAGCAUAUUGCAAGGGAAAAGGGUGCAAUUGGUUUGCAUAUGCAUCUAAAUUAGAUAAAACUGGGGACUUUAUAAUAAAGACAAUGAUGACAACUCACACUUGUGGAAGAACAUCAGAUCAUGGGAUGGCAAAUAUUAAGUUUUUAUGUGACAAGUACUUGGAGGACUUCAGGUUGAACCCCAAUUACAAACCAGGUGACUUUGUAAAUAAAGUUCAUACUGAUGUCAAUGCAACUAUCACUAGGAAUGUAGCAUAUAGAACCAAAGCAAAAGCAAAGGAAUUGAUAGAGGGAAAGAGAGGGUUUUUGGAUGGUUGCAGACCUGUUGUAGGACUUGACGGCUGCCAUCUUAGAGGGCCACACAAAGGAGUUCUCCUUACUGCUUUAGGGAUAGAUCCAAACAACCAAUUAUUCCCCGUGAUGUAUGUAGUUGUUGAAAUAGAAAACAAGCACACAUGGAGAUGGUUUCUCACAGAAUUGAAGCAUGAUCUUCAUAUCACAAAUGAAAGAAAGUGGACUUUCAUGAUUGAUAAGCAAAAGGGACUCAUUCAAGCAAUACAUGAGCUACUUCCGGGUGUGGAACACCGCAUGUGUGUGAGACACAUGUAUAAUAACUUCAAGAAAGAGCAUCCUGGCCUUGCAUUAAAAGAUAGAAUAUGGUCUGCUGCAAGAGCUUCCUAUGAAAGCAGAUUUGCUAGUGAAAUGGAAUCAUUGAAGGAGUUCGAUGUAGAAGCAUUCAAUUGGCUAGUGAAACAUACAACACCAAAGGAGUGGACCAGAUCACACUUUAGGAUACUUUCCAAGUGUGACAUCCUUCUGAAUAACUUAUGUGAGAGUUUCAACUCUAUAAUUUUGGAUGCUAGGGAACAACCAAUAAUUGCUGGAGUGUGGAAAUAUGAAGUUAGAUGCAUGUAUAGGGAUAGAUAUACUGUGGAUUUGGCAAGUAGAACUUGUAGUUGUAGAAAAUGGGACCUCAGUGGAAUACCUUGUUCACAUGCAUAUAGUGCCAUCACUUUGACAGAUGAAGAACCUAAAACUUUUGUUCAUGACUGUUAUUCAAAGGAAGCCUAUAUGAGGGCCUACUCUCCAGUUAUAGGCCCUAUGGAUGGAGAAGAAUUAUGGCCAAAGGCAAACAAGGGUCCUUUGCUUCCUCCGGAAAAAAUCAAGUUGCCUGGAAGACUAAGUAAGAAGGAGGGAGCCAGAUGA